AUGAGCGGUUUCUACCCCGACGCGAGGUAUUCGGGGGGCUACGAGAAGCAGUCGGAACGGUCAAGAUGGACGCCACUCACGAGGAUGUUGCUGUCCGGUGAGAUGACACAGGAGCAACAAAAGGAGCUGUCAUCAAGAGAAAAGUUCGACCGAUGGAUGGUCAACGAGGGUUACCGAAGAUUUUUCGUCUUCGUCUUCGCCGUACUACACGCCAUGGUGUUUGCGUUCGGCUUUGUCAAUUACGCUGUGAAAGACAACUUGCAAGUGGCUCGAGACACGUUCGGACCAACGUACAUGAUUGCUCGUUCAGCGGCUCUGGUUCUUCAUUUCGACGUGGCGAUGAUCCUGUUCCCGGUGUGCAGGACGUUCAUCUCCCUGGCCCGUCAAACGCCACUGAACGGCAUCAUUCAAUUCGACAAGAACAUCACAUUCCACAUCACGACAGCAUGGUCGAUCUUCUUUUUCAGCUGGGUCCACACCAUUGCUCACUGGAACAACUUCGCACAAAUUGCCGCCAAGAACAACCUGGGUAUCUACGGUUUCCUGUUGGCAAACUUGGUGUCUGGCCCUGGCUGGACUGGCUACAUCAUGCUGAUUGCUUUGACCGGCAUGGUCAUUACCAGUGUGGAGAAGACUCGCAGGGCCAACUACGAGCGAUUCUGGUACACUCACCACAUGUUCGUUAUCUUCUUCCUGUUUUGGUCCUUCCACGGAGCAUUCUGCAUGAUCCAGCCCGAUGUGGCUCCAUUCUGUAUCUCAGUUGGCACUCAAGCCAUCGGUGUCUUCUGGCAGUACUGGAUGUACGGAGGCUUCAUCUACCUGGCCGAGCGUAUCGCCCGUGAGAUGCGAGGACGACACAAGACAUACAUCUCCAAGGUCGUGCAGCACCCCAGCAACGUGUGUGAGAUCCAGAUCAAGAAGGAGAACACCAAGACACGUGCUGGCCAGUACAUUUUCUUCAGCUGCCCCGAGGUGUCAAUCUGGCAAUAUCACCCUUUCACCCUGACCAGCGCUCCGGAGGAGGACUACAUCUCGAUCCACAUGCGUGUGGUCGGUGACUUCACCCGAGAGGUGUCAAAGGCCCUUGGUUGCGAGUGGGACAAGAAGGGAGGUGGCUCCAACGUUGUGGGUGUCAACAGCGACAACAGCGAUGUCGAUCCGGCCCUCCGCCGAGUCCUGCCCCGAGUUUACGUCGAUGGUCCCUUCGGCUCCGCAUCCGAGGACGUGUUCAAGUACGAGAUCUCUGUGCUCGUUGGUGCAGGUAUCGGUGUGACACCCUUCGCCUCCAUCCUGAAGUCGAUCUGGUACCGCAUGAACUACCCUCAGACCAAGACUCGUCUGGCAAAGGUGUACUUCUUCUGGAUUUGCCGUGAUUUCGGAUCGUUCGAGUGGUUCCGAUCUCUCCUCCUCGCCAUCGAGGCUCAGGACGUCGACCAACGUAUUGAGAUUCACACAUAUCUCACGGCCAAGAUCAAGGCCGACGAUGCUACCAACAUCAUGAUCAACGAUGCCAACGCGGACAAGGACGCCAUCACUGGUCUCCGGGCGCCAACGAACUUUGGCCGGCCGAACUGGGAUAUGAUUUUCAGGGGUAUCAGGAAGUUGCACGCACCAGCUGAGGCGGGUGUGUUCUUCUGUGGUCCCAAGGGCCUGGGUAGUACGUUGCAUAUUUUCUGUAACAAGUACAGCGAACCUGGGUUCGCAUUCGUGUGGGGCAAGGAGAACUUCUAG